CCAACCCUCCAAACCUCAAGACAGCAGCCACACCUCUGCACAGGGAUUAAGGCAAUGCUGAAAAGCCAGCCUGGUUGGUGCCAGCUCUCCCUGGGGACCCGUGUCUCCGUGCAGCCUCUGGAGCUGGGGAGGAGCACAGCCACAAGCGUGCCAAGAUUGGGACGUGCCCUGGGCCGGGGCUCACAGGGAACACCCAGUGCCUGCGGGAGCAACAGGACAGGCACUGAGCAGGACCCCAGCUCAGAACCCAUCCCUGCCCCACAGAGCCACUGAGCAGCUGAGUCCCUGUGGCACAGGAUGGCACCGGGGAGAGGGGCUGCUUCAGGCUGCGGGGCACGAGGGGUGUGUGUGGCUACCCAGGCUGCGCUCUGCAAGGCGGCAGCGGGGCACCGACAGCUGGUGCUGCAGUUGGGGGGCAGUGCUGAUGGCCCCCAGCUGCGUGAGGAGCGGCGCAGGAGGAGCGUGGAGGUGCGGGAGCUCAGUGUCGGGCUGCAGAGCGCACUGCUGGCGUGGCUGCAGCAAGCUGUGGGCCCCCAGGAGCAGCGAGAGCUGGAGCGGCUGUGGGUGCUCUUCCUCUCUGCCCUGGAGCUGUUCCUGCAGGACCUGUGCUGUGCCCACCACCUCUGCUGCACCUUCUCCCCAGGGAUGGGUGGUGUGACCCCACUGCGCACUGGGUUGGGGCGGUGGCGAGGUGGGGGUCCCGAGCUGCCCCCAACUCCCCCAUGCCUGGAGGAGGAGAUGGAGCAGGUGAGGGCAAUGAUGGUGGAGAUGGAGAGCACGGCCAACAUCCCACUAUGGACGGUGGAAUCCAUGCAUGUGGUGGGGCCAGAGGAGGGCACAGAGCCCACAUCCCACAGGCCAGGGCCUGGCACUGGGUCCUGCUGUAGGGUGCUGUGAGAGGGGGGCAGGAAGCGCAGGGCUGACUUGGCUCAGGAAGAUGGGAAGCCAUGUGCCCCACGAGCUGCCAACUGCAGGGCAAUAAUAAAGCCCCGCAUUACCUGA